AUGAAUGAAUACCAGAUGACGAAGUCUGUUCCUGACCUUCCUAUACUCCACUUUGAUCCCCUGAGAUACACAUCCAGUGAUGGCUGUAUCAUCAGAGAACUUCUGAAGGGUCACAUGAUAGCAGGAGGGAAGAGGGAGGGGGCUGGAGCAUAUCCCAGCUACCAUAGAGCGAGAGGCCAGGUCACUGCUUCCCCAUCACCUAAAGACCAGGAGAUUUUAACAUACAUCACUCUGAUUGGCUGUAGUCUGUCUCUUUUUACCCUGGUCAUCACUGUUUUUCUCUUCAUCACAAAUAGAAAAGGCAGAGAAGAUGUUUCUAUGAGGGUUCACAUCAACCUUGUGAUUGCACUUAUCCUCCUCAACCUGCACUUCCUGCCCAAUCAAGCAGUGGCAGCACUGUCCUCCUCUGGGCUCUGUUUAUACAUGGCUCUUGCCCUUCACUACUCUCUAUUGGCCACUUUCUUCUGGAUGGCUUUGGAGGGAUUCCACCUCUACCUUCUCUUAGUCAAAGUCUUCAACAUCUACAUCAAGAGAUAUCUGCUCAAACUCAGCGUGGUGGGAUGGGGUGUUCCUGCAGUCAUUGUGUCAGUGGUGGUGAUCAUUGACAGAGGCUUUUAUGGCCAUGCCCCUCUGGACAACUCCAACAAAACUGCAAUAUGCUAUAUAACCAAUAACAAUGUAAAGAUGGGAACUACAGUGGGACUGUUCAGCUUGGUGUUCCUCUUUAACAUGUUUAUGUUUGGAGCGACAAUCAGACGUGUCUGGAUUCUUCGCAAAAGCACAGAGAGUAACCGUGACAGAGCCAAGAAAGACAUUUGUACCCUGCUGGGAGUCAUGACUCUGCUCGGCAUUACCUGGGGCCUGGUCUUCUUCUCUUUUGGCUACCUGACCACUGUUGGCCUCUACCUCUUCUGUAUCCUGAACUCAUUUCAAGGUUUCUUCAUCUUCCUGUGGUUUAUGAUGUCACUGAGAAAGGCUAAAACCUCAGUUACUAAUACAAGCAGUGAAACACGAAGCACCAGCACCUAG